AUGGAGUUACGCCUAACGGUGGGACUUUGGGGCUACAUUUUGACGGGGCAGGUCCUGAUCUGGGCCGGGGCUCACAGCAGCAAAGGGGGGCAACCGGGAGAAGCCGGGACCACCUACUCCCCCAACGCCACGGGGGCCCCCGCGUCGGAGGAGGUCACGGAGGAUGACAGCAACACGGACAAGUGCCGGGGUUACUACGACGUGAUGGGGCAGUGGGACCCCCCUUUCAACUGCAACGCUGGCACCUACCUCCACUGCUGCGGCACUUGCGGCUAUCGCUUCUGCUGCGAGUUCUUCCACGACCGCCUGGACCAGAGCACCUGCACCAACUACGACACCCCCAACUGGGCCAACACCGGCAAGCCCCCCGUCAAGGUGGAGGAACCCCGGGACGACCCGGACGAGGACAGAACCAACAUGAUCGUCUACAUCAUCUGCGGGGUGGUGGCCAUCAUGGUCCUCGUGGGCAUCUUCACCAAACUGGGCCUGGAGAAGUCGCAGGGACCCCAGACCGAGAUGAACAUGUCCAGAGCCCUCACUGACCUCCUCAAGCAACAGGGCCACGGAAAUAUGGACUACAUCGAACGGGACGGGGUGCCUGGGUCUGUGCAGGUGCCCAUCAACGACAGCCUGAGCAGAUCGUCGAGGAGCGGCACAGAACAACCGCACCUGAAUAAUGCAGGAGUCACAUCACCCCUUGUGUCCCAGAUGGGGCUCACGCACCCCCACAACAAUAUCAACCAUCGCAUGGCCUCUGCACCCCACCAGGGCCAGGAGUACAAUAAAUACGCCACCCUGAAGGCAGUAGCGGAAACGGCCACGGACGACUUCUUCGCUAAGCGCUACCCGGUGAUGGACCUCCCACCUCCCCCGGGGACCUCCCUCUACCAUUCCGUCAGCCAGCACCGCAAGGAGGGACCCCCGGUCUUGAAAGACCCCCGGGGGUUCAUACCCACCGCCGCUCCGCUGGCGCAGAAAACCAAAGUCGCCAAAUCGAACACUCAACCUCUGUCCAACUCCAGCUACAAGGGUUGGGACUCGACCCAACCCAUUGGGCGAAGGCAUAUGUUCGCCAAUAAGAGGCAAUACAGCAUCGAGCACCUCCCGGAGAUCUUCAGCCCCGCUCUUCCAUACAGGCAACCCCAACGCCACUUGUCUACGAACAGCAAGACGGAAGUUACCGUGUAACUCGCCUGCUUUGUUGUCGCAUCAGCCCCUAAAAGGCCCC